AUGGAUCACAUUGAAUUCAAAGUCCCUGCUGGGUGCUACACAGAAGCUUCUGUGAAGGAACUGAGAGCCUUCCUCAGCUGCACGCAUCGGAAGAUCGGCGAAGGAUCUCUUCUGUGGCGCGUGAGGCUUCAGUUGGCCGACAUGAAAGAGGAAUUUCAACGAAAGAUGAGCGACUUUGACCGAAAGAAAGCCAUGGAUAUGCGAACGCUCAGCAAGGACUUUGAGAAGAAGGUGGAGAUUGAGGCAGCGAAGCUUCGAGCGAGAACCAAGGACCAGUUGGAUUCCACGACCAAGCGGACCAUCAUGGAAAAUGAACAAAUGGUGGGCCGACAGCUGGAGGUUGUGGCAGCAGGGGCAUCUCAGCAUUGCCGGGAGCGUUGGAUUGCUGGGAGUUUUCAUCGGCUGGGUGUUGGUGCACUGCACCCGGGCCGCUCCUGCAGUGUGGCCGUGGUGGCGGCAUUUCUGAUGCAAAAGGAGAAGAUCUCCCUGGGAAAGGCGAAAUCGCUGGGCCCUUCUGUCCAUCAAGGAGAAGCGUCCUGAGAUCGACUGUAGGACCAACUUUUUGGACCAGCUUCGGUCUCUGGAGGAGGAGCUUCAAGUGGUA